UAAAUAUUGUUACAUGAAUGUUUUGUAUAGAUGUCACUAAAUUCGUAGCAACAAAGGGUAGUACAUCAUUACAAAGUUUAUAGUCAAUGACGGUAGUCACUAUGGAGUGGUUAUGUGUGUUGCUGUCCAUCGAUGACAGUUCUAUAACAUCUAUUAAAACUGAUAUACUAAUAAACAUAAAACUAUGAGUGACACUACAAAAAUUGAAUGUAAUUCUUAUAUAAGUAACGAAUGAAGCAUUGAAUGACACAAUGAAUAAUUGUUCUUUAUUCCACAAUUAAAAAGAAACAUCAUCAUGGAGGAGAACGAGCUAUACAAUGCUACAGUUCCAUCUUUUUCUGGAAUUGAACCAGCCUUUUGGAAUUAUUCCGAUCAUGUCAUCCUUGAUGACCUUAAGAUGGAUAGUAGUUUUAUGUAUUUACUUUGUUCAUUAGUGUCUGCUAUUUCUUGGAUCAUUUAUAUAGCCUAUUAUAAUAGCAGAGUUAUCGGUUAUAUAUUAACAAAAUUAUUAAAUCGGUUUGUUAUUAGAGAUGGAUAUGUUAAAGUAGGGUCUUUUACUCUAAGUGCACUGAGCGGAAAAAUAAUGUUUAGAGAUAUAGUUUAUAUCACAACAGAUUAUAGUAUCAGAGUUCAGGAUGGGUGGCUUAUAUUUAGGUGGUGGAGAAGUUAUGUUCCCAAAGAUGUAUCUGAAGAUCUUUCACAUUCCGACACUCGACUUUCAGUCAUGUUAAAUGGCUUUGAAUUACAUGUUUACAAUCGCUGUCAACUCUAUGCACAACUAGAGAAAUCAUUUGGUCUUACGCCCCAAAUGUUUUCCGACGAAGAAGAUCAUCACGUUAAUAUUGAUGAUCGCGAUGUAGAGUCAUUUAGUAAUACUGCUCGUGAAACUCGUCAACAAAUAAAUGCAAUGGAUGUUUCACGUCAUGUUGAUAACAUUAGGAAAAAAGAAGCUCACGUUAUAGCUCGAACUUGGAGAGAUUUAAUACCCGUUAUUAAAUUAGAUGUCUGCACGGGACGAUUGGUGUUCGGUAAUCGGUUAGUGCCAACAACUCUGUCAAUAACUGUAGAAGAAGCGCAUUUCGUAUAUUCUACAAAACCAGCAGCAUCUCGACAUGAUCAUUUCAUGCAUACUACGAAAUGUAAGGCCGAAAAUUUCAAAGUCAUUUUAGCACCUAGUCCAAAAUAUACAGGAAUGGUAGAUGAUCCACCUAGAUACAUGGGUGAAGGAUUUGUUGUAUUAAGUUCAAAUAAUAUGGAAGUGUAUUACUAUAUGGACGAACCUGGAUUUGUCCCUGAGCAUCCAGAAAUGAUUCAGUUAGUAAAUGGGGACAUGGUAGAAGCUAUGCCUCCAAUUUGGGGUAUUGAUGUUAAGUGUGGAAAGGGAACUGACUUCAGUUAUGGACCUUGGGCUGAUAGACAAAGAGAACAUUUAUUUAAAUUCUUUUUCCCUAAUGAUUAUCAGCCACUAAAAGUUACAAAGUCACCUAUGUCUGGAGAAAAAAGACAAGUUCAAUCGUUCGAUAUUAGGUUAUCAACACUGAAUGAGGCCACAAUUGAUAUACUCUUCAGUAAGAACAGGGAAACAAAUGCUGUUCACAUUAAUGUUGGACAUGGAUCUUAUCUGGAAAUUACUAUGCCUUGGAUAGUUUUGCAAGAUGGAUAUACUACAAAAAUAACAGGUCAACUGUUGCAUUUAGAAGCAACUACAAGUUUACAAUAUCGAAGUUUAGUCGAAAGUGAAACAUUAGAAUUUGGUAUUAAAUGUCAUUAUCCGAUAAGAUGGAACGAUCAUCAAGAAUGGACAUUAAAUUUAACUGGAUGUAAAGCCACUGCUAAUUUAGUUUAUUCGCACAAAGAAUUUUUUCAAGAUAUGAUUAAUGAUUGGGCCAGUAAAGCCAGACCUGAUAUUUUACAUUUUGUACCUUAUACCUGGAACUUUAAUUUAUUAUUGAAGGAAUUCGAAUUGAUCACAUUAUGUAAUGAAUAUAAUUGGAUUGAUUGUUCAUCGCAAAAUCAAGAAAAUGCGCACAUUGCUUUUUGUGGAGAACUCUUUGAGCUGUCGUUUGAUCUUCCGUUUGUGGAUUACUUGCCUGUUACGAUACCUUUGCGUUUUUGGAUUCAAGGUGAAAGUGUCGACCUGUCCUUUUACUUACCCGAAGUCAAUACAAGUCGUACAAUUUUAUUAACUUUGAAUAAAAAUGCAAAAAUUAUGACACGCGAUGGUUCACACAUAUAUUUAUCAGAGUUAAAUAAAAAUAAGAAAUGGAGAAAUGUUUGCCAGAAGGGAGCAGGCUGGGUUGAUUGUUGGUCUGUGCCCAUCGUGGCAUUAAGUAUUAAUUAUACAUAUCAUCCUUGUCCACCUCUAGGACCUACCCCACAAGCAAAUAUAACUACUCCGGAAAAAGAAGAAAUUCUUUUAUCUCCAAUGAGAAUUCCUCGAUGUAGAAAAUCACCGGGUCUUCGGUGGACUAGAAAUGGUAAUCAAAAAUUUGAUCCACAGUCUAUAGCGCCUGAUAAAGUUAGUUUAGAUCUUGAAAUAGGUCCGUCUAUAUUGAUUGUAUAUGGAUCACUUUUGAAAUAUUUUAUACAUCUGAAAGAAAAUUUAUUUGGCGAUUAUCAAUCUUUUACUGAUAUGCAACAGAGUCGAACAAAUCCGACAUCUGUGAGUACAGAAAGAAGCAAAGAUAAAGACGUGCAAAAUAGUAGUAUUGAAUCUGUAGAAGACGAAGAUGCAAGGUCAAAGUCAUUCGAUCCACGAGAUUAUCGACCAUUGGAAGUAACGGUUGGAAUUACUAUGCAUGACAUUCAAGCUCACCUAGUGAAAAAUUGUGGCGAGAAUGAUCCACCUUGUCCGGUCAUACUUCUUGAACGAUUUGGGUUUGAAAUGAAUAAACGGUAUAAGGAAACAGAACUUCAAUUACUUCUUUCGCCUGCAAUUGCAUUAAUUACCGAUAACGUUGUACGAUCGAGCAAGGAACGUCAUUUAAAUCAAGGACAUUUAAUGUUGAGUGCAUUGCAAGUAAGAGGUCAUGCCAUGUUCAGUAAUGAAGGAAGAAGUUUAGAUCAAGAAACUUUGGAGUAUGCCUGGUUAAUAGAAGUGCAAUUAGGAAAAUUAACUGGGAAAAUGAGUUCCCCUCAAUUGCAUCACCUUAUUACAUCUCUGGAAACAUUCUUAUUAAUGGCAAAAAAUAAUGAGAAUAGUUUACGUCCACCUGAUCUACCACAUCAUUGUCAUCAUGGUAUUCCUCCUUUACAAUGUCCUGACAGUGACAUUGAUAAACACUACAGAUGUCCUAGUUCUGAGGAUAUAAAAUAUAGAAUGACAAGAAUAGCAAUAGAUGCAAUUGACUUAUAUUUUCAAGAGGUAGGAACUACUGUACACGUUUGGAUAUCUCCAAUUCGUGUUUCAACGUGCAAUCUUCAUGGUCAACAAGUUAAAUCAGGAGUAACUGCUGUAUUACCUAGAAUAUUAAUACGACAGUUUGUAUCAGUGGCUGAUCAUUUUGCAAACACAAGUAAUACCAACACAACAGGCAGUGGAAGGUCUCAUAAUAACGCAAGCAGCCGUAUGUCCGGCGAUGGAUCUGAUAUUUGGUUAGAAGUAGGAUCUGUAGCCUUAGGCCCAGUUAUUUUGGAAGCUGCAAUUUCACUUCCGACCCCUGAACACAAUUUACAUCUAGUACAAAAUAAAUAUUUAAAAUUGCACGACGAAGCCACGAAACGCUUAUGGUUUUUAUGGCCUCAAGAAAGUGGUGUAAAACCAAGAAAGUGUGGUUGCAUAGGUGGAUGCUCAUUUUUCGGAAAUAAUCGGAACGGGCCAAGAUUUUUUAAACCAAGUUGCCAUGAUUUUCAAGAUGGCAUUAAUGUUGCUGCAUAUAGAAUUAAUGAGACUGGGAAAGAAAAAGGAUUUGGGCAAUCGAUUUUACAUGAUGGUCAACUGGUAUUUCAUACCUCCCCUUACAAUUUGCAAGAUGUGUCUUUGCAAGAUCACCCAGUUGUAGGAAAAUUAACCAUCACUCAAGAUGGACCGCACACUUCGAAAAAGGGUGUUGAACGUCCAAGGUCUGUGACAGAUCAUAAUAAAGAUUCCGGUAUCGAAGAAAAUAGUAGUACAAAAUUAAUUGCUGCAUCAGCAAGUCCAUUCGCAUGCAGUGGGGAAAGGAAACUGCUGGGCAGAAGAUUUUCUUAUACAUCAAUGCGCGGAAACAGUGUAAAAGAUGUCCCGUAUUCUCGAUUAGUUGAUGCGAGUCCUGUUGCACAGUUGCCGCAAAAAUUAGAUUCGGAUUCAAAGUUACAUACGGAACGCAGUAAAUCCAUUUUAAGUGUUCCUGAAAUUGAUACUGCUCCCAAAAGUAGCGUGUCUGACUCUAAAUUAGCUGUAGAUUAUUUCAAUGCAUCGGACGUCGAACCAUUUGAAUCAAAUAGUCCACAGUCGUUACCAAUUGUAUCUACAGAAGCGAAUUUUUGUGACUCGGUGCAAACAAGUACGAAAACUGUUGAUGGUGUUAAUAUGUCUGAUUCUCGUCAUUCGUUAUAUACAAAAUCAGAGUCCGAUGAAAAAUUAAAGAAAGAGGUUCAACGAACAAUAUCUAUGUCUUCGGAAAACCAUUCAGAGGCUUUUUACUCUGCCGACGAAGACACAAGUCACGGAUUGAGUGGAAGUCGUACGUCAAGUUUACGUCAAUCUAUUGUCGGAUCCGGUUCGGUAUUAACUCGCAAUGACAGCAUGAAAAAGAAAUUUUCGUCCGACUUAUCUAUAGUAGAAAGUUCAGCGAAUGUAAAUGUUCCCAUGUCUGAGAAGGCACACACUUUAGAGAGAGCAAAGCCACAAACGGUAACCGCGAAGCGAAGUCCCAGAGUAAAUAGAAACACUAGUUUUCAAAAUGACAUUGAUUCGAACGGAAACGGUGGAUUACGAGAUUCAUCUGAUAGUCAUUCCGUUUCCUCUACAAGUUUUAUAUCUGCUGUUUCCUCGCAAGAAGAUGUUACCCUUGUAAAUUUGCAUAUGCAAGUAAAUAAACCAAUUGUUGAUUCUCCACUACUGAUGUCAAGCUACGUUAGCCAUUUAACUCAGGUGCGUUGUUCUAAUUGGAGUCAAUCGUCGAUACCAGCUGGAAGUGGUGCAUUCACUACGCCGCUUUUCCAACGUACCGAGGAUGGUAGAUUAGUUUACGUUGGUGGGCGACAUGUGCCGAAAUUUGAAACUGUCACUGAAGGAUUUACAUCAUUGAAAAUGAUCACACGAUCCGACGGCUCGCCCGUAGCUAAUUCAUCUAAUAAAACACCUACGCAUCCAUAUCUCUGGGAUAGUACAACUUUAAAUCAGAUGGAAGGAGAAGAAGAGCAUACAACCCAUAAUGAAGAGGAAUUAUUAGCAGUACAGCAUGAAAGUGGAUCACGUACAACGAUUAUUGUAAAAUUUAAAGGAGAUGUAGAUAUUAUGUUAAGUCCCAUGGUGCUAGAAUCUUUACAACGUUUCAUUGACGCUAUCAUACCGACAUUAGCUUCCUUGCAUCCGUUAACAAUUCUAAAUCAUCUUCAUCACGAAUGUAUCGGAAAAGUCGAAGAUGCUAACAUUUUGAAGCAGGAUCAGAGUUUAUCAUACUGGGGUCAGGUACAAACUAGUUCAAAACGAUCUACGGCUGAAAGAAAUAUUAAAGAUGGUCAAGGUGAUGACAAACGUAAAAUUGCACUACAAACAAACGUGUACGAAGAAAGUAUUAUGACACAAAUACAAGGCAGUAUUAUUUUACCAAAGAUGAAUAUAACUUUAUUACAAGCUUCGGUCGUUGAAGAAAUCAUAUCCUUUUCCGCGCUUGAAAACAUUCGCGAUUUAACGUGUGUGUCACUGUUCGCUAUCUGUUUUGACGAUGUGACUGCAAGGUUUUAUAUCGGGAAACAAGCCCGAGAAGUAGUACAAACGUUUCAUAAACCAGUUGUACUGCCAAAUCAGAAAAAAGUCAACAAAAUCAGUAAGGCAUUCUUGCCUGGUCAUCAAACGGCUGCCGUAGUUGCAGACAUUGGAAGUGGAGAGACAGUGUAUAUAGAAACUUCAGAAAAACAACAAGAAGAAAUUGUAGUCACGUUAAAUAUAGGCAAAGCUCAUUCGCAACUACGUCGACUUAGGAACGAAUCUUCAAUUUUGAAAGAUGCUGUUAUAACGGCUAUUCCUGCUCAUUAUUCGAGAGUGUUAUUUACAUGCACCAGAAUAACAUCCCCAUUGAAAUGCGUUGAUUAUUAUCUGCAUCAAUUCAUGGAUGACAAAGAAAAAAGUAAACAAACUGGUCCUCCACAAGCAACAGAAGAAUUUACUCUGGGAAGUGGAGAAGAUCGAUUGGGUUUUAUAAUGUUUGAAUGCGGGUUAGAAGGUAUCAAAUUGAAAGUAGUGAAGAGAUCUCAGUUUGAAAAAGGAGAGAACGGGAGUGAUAGUAAAAAAGUCGAUGCGGAACUAUUUUAUACAGAUAGUGUAAAAAGUCAAGAGGAAUUAGACAAUACAACUGCUUCUACUGCGCCUCCAGCUGAACCAGAAAUAACAUCAACAAAUGUACCUAACGGAGCCCAAAUAAAUACCAGUGCUACGUGUGCUAGUCUUGCUUCGAAAGCAGGGAAUGGAAAUACUGUCUCUUGUAUCAUAGAAUUAAAAACAGUAUGGUUUAACUUUGCAGCGCCCCCGCGUACUCCAAUAACACGAAAAAUUGAUUACACUCGAUUAGAUUGGAAUUUACUGAGUACAGCAUCGCCAGCUAUAAAUGCCUGGAUGAAUCCUAGUAAUAAAUUCGCAAUGCGAAUCGUGCAUAUGUUCAGAACUAUGUACAGAAGGUCGACAGCUAUUGUUGCUUGUCUCAUGGCAGAGGCAUUGGACGUGCAGGCAAUUCACAUGCCCGCUAAGAGUCGUUAUGGAAGAUUGACGCCACUAGCAAAAACACUACAAGAAGAUCCAUCAUGUCAAUUAUGUACAAUUUUACAAAAUUAUGUUUUAUUAAAUGAUUUAACAAACAUUGAAGCCAAUUUAAAAGAGUCUGAUUUACCGUUGUUAUCAACGCUUCGUCAGGGUGUCAUAGUAUUGAGUAGACAAUGGAAGAAUGUUCUCUAUACACCACUAUUGUUGGAACAUAAUUAUAAAACGAAACAUGUGAAACCAUUGAAUGUUACGUUUGCUGUUUCAGAUCCAGACGAGGAAAAUUUGCUGACAGAUGAAGGUAGUGGAGGAGAAGUUGAUGAUCAGGAAGUCACAGAUGAAUGUGCUAUGUUAAUUCAUACGGACCACAUGCAUAAGCAUACACAUGUCAAGAGUGGACAAGAUAAAACUACAGGUAUUUGUGGUGAUGGUUUGACGGUUCCUGUAAGUUCUCCUCGGGGGAAAGAUACAACCCCUCUAGCAACACCGAUUCCAGGCCCGGAUUCAUUAACCUCCCCCUCUCCACCAGUAGCUCAUCCAAAGAAAGGAAAAUCACUACAGCCCACGCAAGUGCCUGCUAGUACACGAGCAAGUAUUGUUUUCCCAUUGCUUGCAAGUGGCGGGUUAUUCAAUCAAACUCGGGAACCAAAUAACAUAAGUUACGGCACGCUACGUGAAGAGAAGACACCGCAAAUUCAUAUUUCUCAUUCUCAUCAACUUGGUUCCAACCCAAGCAUUUAUUCUGGAGGUGGACAUAGUCAGCAUAGUACUGGAAGUUUGGAUCAGGUGACCUCUCCAACAAGUCAUCAUUCCAAUAAACCUCUAAAUACAGGCGAAGAUUUGUACAGUUGGAUGGCUAAACAACAAGAAUUUAUAAAGGACAAUGAGAAAACCAAUUUAAAAGGGAAUUGGGUCUUUCGCGCAGAGCAAAAAUCUUUAAAGGAUUCCAAAAUCAACACAAUGACAACAGAUGAAACAGAAGACUCUGAUGUGCACAGUGGCACUCUUCUUUAUCCGAAAGAUUCGCUCAGACUAUUAGAUGCACAUUUAAUUUUUGAACCACUUUUGUCUUCCUUAUCUGUUAUGCCACAACAAAUGUUAUCAGCCAUUGGUUCAGGAAACGUGAAUAAUGAGUCUUCUUUAGAGUCGUUAGGAUCAAACCUGUCCUUAGUAGGGAAUAUGGAGACGAUGCGUAUUGAUAUAGUUGUCAGUGAAUUUGGGAAGUUGACAGACAAGAAAAAAGGUAGUAAAUGUCAGAUGAAGAAAGGGAAUAACAAAUUUUAUUUGGAUAUACCACCAGAAACUCCGGCAUUUCUAUGUGAGAAAAUUGGUAUUGACAUAGAUGUUAAGAAAAUGGCAGAUAUGACAGUAGAUGAUAUGAUUCAAAAGCAAACGGUUUUGUACAUAUCUCGGGGCCAAUUGAAAAAGCAUACAAGUACAGUUGUGAAUUUUAGUCUAAAUAUACGAUACAUUAGCCAACAAGUAAAUAUGCCUCUUCUCAGAUUGUUACAUCAGAUUAGUAAUAUGUAUCAGAAUGUUAAGGAAACGCAAAUGGAACUAAAAGAACAGCAACCAGAAAAUAAACGAAACACUAACUUAAUUGUUAAUGACACAGCAGCAAAGAAUGGAUCAACGUCCGAUUUACAAGAACAGCUUCUUCUAGGCGGUAAAAAAAUGGAUGUCCCUUUACUUCGUAGUAGUUAUGAACCCAAUGCAUCUAAAGCUACAUCAACUGGUACGACCGUUCGAUCUCGUCCACAGAGUUUUGCUCAAAAAUUACGCAGCACUGGAAAAAGUGUGAAAGGUUAUAUUAACUUGAGCGAGGGAGUCAUAACUCCUAACUUUGGGGCAAGUCCUAGUGGGUCUGGCUUGGAUAAAUUUUGUGUAAUUCCUGAUAAACGUAAAGAUACGCCACAUUUAACGCCACGAUGUUGGAAAACAAUCUACUAUUUGUUGGAUCUUUACGCUACACGGCCAGAGACCAAAACUAUUACGCAUCGUUUCUCUAUACCUGCAGAUGCGUCGGAACACUAUAAAAGUGGUCGAAAGUAUGAAUUGCUAAAUGAAACGAAGGAUACAGAUAUUGAAAAAGGACUAAACGCUGAAAACAGCUCAACACCAGUGCCACUUCCGCGAGAAUUAAGCAUUGUCACAGGAGAACGAACAAGAUUAAUUAUCUUUGGUGUUGCUCGGAUACAUAGAACUAGAUUGUUGGCUACUCUAAGUGGAUUAAAACUAGAGGCAGAAAUAACAAGUCUUCAUGCCAGUUUAACGUGCCGUAAAAAAUCAAAACCCGCAAGCUUAGAAUGUAGCUUAACUGGACAAAUCGGUAGAACUAUGAUCGUUUUACUAGAAGGUGUAGCGCCUAAUCAACAAACGGUUGUAAGAGUAACCGUUGGAAAAUCGCAAGCUUUGUAUUCCAGCAUUAGUAGACGUCAGAAAGAUAAGAACAGUGGUUUGUUGACUGUCGGUGCUGUGAAUAUAGAUAUUCCUCAACAUCCAGUUGCUCUACAUGGCAUGAUGACCAGAGGAAGUAAACAACUAUCAUCAACCUUACAAGAACUUAGGGUAACAAGGACAUCUUCGAGAAUGUCUAGAGGCCAACAGCCAGAUGAACCAGAUGUAGGUGUACCUGGUAGUCCACAUCAUUACGCACCAGCGCCAUCAGUUGACUUAGAGAAACCACAAGUUGUAUCUAGUCUACUAGAACCUAUUGUCAUGCAGUUUAAUAUAAUACUUCAGAGUUUAAGUAUAACGGCUGCUCUUUUACCAUCUUUGCAAGCGCAAUACAAAAUGGAUCAGGUCACUAGUUCCGGUAUAACUGGAAGUAAAGCUAAAUUUACAAUCGAUUUACCUCAUCAUACUUUGAGCUUUACAACAAAACUUCAAGUGACCGAAGCGAAUUUACCUUCGGAGGCUAGCCUUGAACUUCCUAAAGUGCACGUCUCCGCAGAAUACAUUCAAGAUGGUAGCAGUAAUAUGAAUGACAGCAAACUGGCUGAUGGUGUUGUGUUGAGACAAGGCAGUUAUCUUAGUGCCACAGCUGAUAUUGGUAUUUUUGAACAUUCUUUGACUACAGACCUUCUUAAUCAUUUGGUAUUUGUGCAAAAAGUAUUUAUGAAAGAAGUGAAUGAAGUUGUACAGAAAGUUUACGGCGGGGAGAAACCUGUUCCUUUAUGGCUAGAGGAUGAAGAACCCAAUAAUACAACUGUAAAAAGAAUAUUGUUCUCAUUAAUUAUUCGCAUUAAGAGAAUACAAUUGACUGCAACAACUCCAACAAAUUCGGCAGUGCGAUUAGAAACUGGCGCUGUUGAACUUCAGUUAUCUAAUAGAGUGCAAAACGUUUUUGGCGCUACUCAACCAAACCCGUACAUGAAAUUAUUUGGAAAGGCGCAAGUUGAUAUUAAUUUAAGUCUCGGACAGUUACUGAAGAAUGUCCUAUUUGAAGAGGCGGAACCAGAAUUCCAGCAAUUCGCGUUUUUCAAUACUAGAGUGGGAUUGCGAAAUGCUUUUCAAGAAGAGAUGGCACAAGGCGAAGAUAAAGAAGUAGUCUUAAUUACGCUGAAGCGUCCGUUGAUAUAUGUUCAACCGGUGGCCAUCGAUAAAGCAAUUCUUGUUUGGCUAAAUUAUAAAAACGCUUAUGAGUACUGGAACGAAAAAAGAUCUAAUUUGAAUAAAGAGGUUUUAACAGCUACGCAGCAAGUGUUUGAGAAAGUUCCAUUUGGACAAAUAACGAGCCAGCUAAGUGCUCCUCAUCUAGGAACAUUAUUUUUACAACUGACUGUGGAUGAUAUGGGUAUUUGUUUACCCCUUAAUCCCUUACCACCUACCUGGGGCAUGAAUAGAGGAUUGUACGAUGGUGAAUCACGGGAUGCUGUAGUAGUGACCUUGGAAAACACAAGCAUAUCUGCAUGUAGUAGCGGUAGUUUAGUUAGUACAGGAAGAUUCAUGGGCUUAUGCUUAAGAUUUGCUGAAGAUUUUGAAACGUCUUUGGAUGAUUGGAAACCUGAUAUGACUGAUGGUAGUAUAAUGAACUUGUGCAUGGUGUCGGAAGGCACAUAUGAAGUUUGUAGUAGAACGAUUGCACAAAAACAGGACAAAUCCGAUAACGCUAAGUGGAUUUUAAACGUACAGUGGCAAAUGGAAGGUGUCGAUAUUCAUUUAGAUGUUAGCGUGGGACAACAAUUGUCUGCGCUUGGGCACACGCUAACGAUGUUAACUGGUUCUGAAGAGGACGAUAUUCAUGUGUCUGCCGAGUAUGAUAGCGACGACGCAGAUCAACCAGAUAAUAGUACUAGCCAGGAGAGUAUAUUAAUGAAGAAGUCGAAGAAUUGGACAGAUAGUCUACCAGCAUUUGUUUUUGACCCUACACUCGACGCGAAAAAAAGAUCAAAAUUAAUUGAAAAAGAAAUGAACGAACAAGCGAAGAUUAUAAACGAUUUACGGUCAUUAGGUGCUUCUCAUGGAACCAUAGAACAAGAAAUGAAACGUUUGCAUGAAUUAGAAGCUGUGGUAUUUAAAGAUUUUAGAAGGGACGUGAUUCAAAAAUUAAGAAGACAGUCGGUGAAAGCAUCCGGAAUAAAAGGUAAAUUGGGCCUUGGUGGUAAACCAAACACAUACCGAUCGCGUUCAUUCAUUGCACCAUCGCCGACACUUGAAAAUCAGCUUGAAAGCCCCGAAGAUCUAAACAUGGAAGUCAAUUCGGCAAAUUCUGCUAGUUACGAAAGUAGUCCUAGAAGUGGUCCAAGCCGGUCUGCUUCUCUUCGUGUAAGAGGACUAAAUGGGCCACGAGUUACUUUUAGCGACACUCAUACAAUGGGCAGGCAAUCAUCGUUACCAAGUGCUGGAUCAGAACUAAGUUUACCAGAAGGAGAGCUAGAAUGGCCAGAAAGUUCUAUUGAAAUAGAAGGAGUCGAGUUAAGGAAGAAAAAUAGGGAUCUUAGUUGCACUUCGAGUUAUGAUAGCAUGGAAGGAAAUGCUCCAUUGCUUGACUCAUUUGGGAAAGAACAAUCGUCAUCGACUUCAUCGCCGUAUGUAACGCCACAGAAAGCUCAAGAACCUAAUAUAGACUUUGAACUCGACGUGAAAGUUCUAAUUAAUAGCGGUAAAUGCGUGCUCCACACGAAGGAUCCAGGAAAAGACGAUGAAAUUAAAAUUAUGAGUAGAAUGAAGAAAGAGCGAUCAUGCUCGGGUGGUACAUUCGAAUUUCAACCAAGUAGUCCUAGCAGUAGUCGAAAACAUUUAAGUAGUAAAGAAAAAUCUUCGACUACGAGUACGUCUCGUUUGCGAUAUUUGCAACAUGCAAAUGUACCUUUAGUAGACUUAACAAUUUUUCAUAUUCCUGGCUUAGAUGUAAAGGUACACUACGAAUCUAAAACACUUCCUGAAGAAUCUAUGUCUCCACGCGUGUCGUCUGAAAAUAGUAUGCUUAAUCCUUCAUCGACGACGUCGCUUAAGAAGUCUAGCACUAAGAAGGCCAGUCUAUUUGCUUGGAUGACACUUCAAAGCAUACCAGAGGAAACUAUAAUAAGUCCGCAUAUUCUUGAAUUUUUGGAGCAAACAUUAGAACCAAUACCAAGCAAAACGAGUUUCCACAAUUCUGUGCACACGAACGCCGUGUUCCCAAUGGAAAACACGGAGAGCACAUCUUGGGCUGCUACUGCAGCAAGUAGUAGCAAUUAUGUUUACGCGAGUUUCCCUGUUGAUGUAAUAGUGUAUUUUCAUAUGCAACCUUCUACAUUCAGGUUUUCCUGUUUGCCAGUUUCACGUGUAGAGUGUAUGCUUCAAUUGCCGUCCCUUGACAUAGUGUUUUCGUCCAAGCGAGCAGAAGAAGAGCUCAUAGAAUUUCGAGAGUACAAAUCUCCAGGCAUGCAAUCAACGGGAAAAGAAGCAAGUUCAGCGAUUGGUGGAUUAUCCGUCACUGGAUGUCUCGCUGAUUUUUCUGUUUAUAUCUUCCAUCCAUAUGGCGGGGGAAAGAAGACAGGCUUAAAAGAAGCGCAAUGGUCGCCUUUAUCGGACAGCGAGAGGAAAGAUUCUUUAAGUAUCAACGUUGAAUUUGUAAAAUUUCAUAUGUCAAGAAGUCGGAAAAUAAAUUACCAAAGUGAGCAAUCGAAAAAGAUAUCUGACACUAGUCGUGCAGUUAUACGAUUUUCUACAAUUGUUGAUAUCGGAUCUGCGUCGUUUAAAUAUGAUAUGCGGAGAUUAAGUGAAAUUUUGGCUUUUCCAAAAGCAUGGUACAGACGUAGUAUAAUGCGUCGUUUAUUUUUGGGAGAUUUAAGUUCGGGUACUGCAUACUCCGAAGGCGACGGUAGUCCCUCUCUAAACCAAGACGAAGCAAUCAUGGGUAGUUCUCUGUUGAAACAUUACGAUCGUCACGCUACUGAUGGAUUGUCAAAAAGUGCCCCAGAACGAAGUCCCACAUUGAACAGAGACAAAUUAAGAUUAAGUUUAGAAAGUGAUAUGCCUAGACAUGCACGACUGAAAGAUAUUGGCAGAGGAUGGAGUUUCACCUCGGAUAAACAAACGUCCUCAGAAGUUAAAUUAAGGGAAUCCGCAUGGGAAACAUUAGUACUAUUUGCCAUAAAUUUCACUCGUUUAAAUGUUCAUAUGAACAUGAGUAAUGUGAUGGGCAAUGUUACGUGGAUGGCGAAAGAUUUUAGGUCCGAUGGAAGACUAUCCAUAGGUAGUACUGGUCAUAAAAAUCUCUAUAUAAGCGUUGGAUUGGGAGGUUCCAGUUUAGACGCAAAGGGUGGUAUUGUUGGCGGCACCAUAGAAUUGAGUAAAAUUGAUACGUACAUCCAUAUUCGAGAAGAGCCUGGAAUAGAACCUGAUCACACGUUGGGCUUGAAACUGUUUGCAUUGGAAUUGCGGUUAGAUUAUAUGGGUACCAGCGUGCUAAUGUCCAGAGUGUCUUCGUUGGACGUAACACUAAAAGAUGAAUGGAAAAUUAAUCGAAACAAUAGCGGGGAUGCUUUUAUGCCAACAAGAAGGCCAGCGAUAAUUUUCAUGCACGGCGAUUUAGGAUGGGAUCAGUUGCAGGUUAUGAUUAGUAAAUCUACAACAGCUGACUUAUUAAAAAUGUAUUACAAGUUAGACGAAUUUUCCAAUCAACAAUUUAAAAGUAGCAAACGAGUAUUUAGUUCUUUCCAACCAAAGCAUCAAAGAGUAAAUAACAGUAGCUUCAAAAGAAGACGACUGAAGCACAACAGAUCUACCUGUGAAGGCCCAUCUAAUAUAAAUCAAUCCACGAUAUCGGAUGCUCGUCAUCAUAGGCAUUGGCAAGGUGUAUUAGCUCAAGUAGCUGGUCUUCAAUUGGGAAGUUUAAGAUUUUCUCUACCAUCGACGGGUACUGUACUCGGUGGAACAAUGGAGCUUCACGGGUGUAACAUUAGUUUGGCGUGUUUCCACGGGAUUAACUUUAAGAGCAAAAGUUGGGCAAUAUUUUCGUUAAAAGAACCGUGUAUUAGUUUUGCUACGGAAGCUCAAGAGAUCCCAAGUGUCGAAUCACCAAAUACGUGUGACGUCCACGUCGUCCAAACUUUGACUAUCAGUUUAGGUCAACAACAGGAACAACAUGCAAGGCAUCAUUCCAUGGCUACUGUUUGCAGAUUGAGUCGCAGUUUACUAUUUCCUCCGCAGUUUAAAUCGUUACAAGAAUGGUUCCAUUAUGCAUUCGCUAGUAGUGAAAUCGAUGCAGUAGAUCGGUUUCCAUGCGUUGAAAGGGAACGAACAGAUAGCACGUCUGAUAGUGGCAACAUGACUCGUGGAAGAAGUACGUCUACAACUUCUGGAAAAUUACAAGAACAUUCUCAUGCAAGGGAAGUUAUAUUUGCUCUACCGUCGUUGCAGUUACAUUUAAAAACUGAACACUUACAGACUGCAAAAACUCCCGAUGUCAUUGGAGCCCCUAAGCAUAUUUUAUAUAGUGAAAAACCAUUAGUUGAAUGUAGUUUCAUAACAGAGUUCGAGGACCAUAUCUUUGUUACCGUGGAUGCAGAAGCUUUUUUCUUUCUGCAUGACUUGAUUACCUCAUACGUGAAGGAAGAAAUGGAUAUGAGUGCGCAUAGUUCCGAUUCUCACGGAAGAAGAAGUGGGUCUAUGUCCGCAGCCAGUACCUCUGCUCCACCAUCGAAUAUUUCUGAGGACGAAAAGAAACGAAAACAAUUUGAUCCAGCAGAUAUGUUUAUAAAAGAUUGGCGUUCGUACAGAUGUAAAACAUGGCAUCUGGAACCAACCGUGAGAUUGCUGUCGUGGGCUGGUAAAAGCAUCGAACCAUACGGCAUAGAUUACAUCUUACAGAAACUAGGAUUUUCUCAUGCGCGUACAACGAUACCAAAAUGGAUUCAACGAGGUUUUAUGGAUCCUCUAGACAAAUUAUUGGCCAUCCUUAUGUUAAGAAUGGUGUCAGCCGUUCGCGAAGAACCGCCAGAAGAACAAAAAGAGCAUAAACGAGACAAAUAAUUGCCGCUAGUUGAACAUACUAGCUAUUGAAACUUUGAAUCGAGCUAGCAAAGUAGACUCAAAGGUGAAAUCGUACAAUAAUCGUCCAAUAUAAUGCCGUUUCAACAGGUUGAUAAACAACAAUAACAGUACAUAAUAUUCCAACUUCUUCCUUAUAUUGCGUAAAAUGAAUGUUGGUUAAUAUGAAUUUUGCCAUUGAGGGGAGAAACCAAAGUGAUCAUUGUAAUAGAUUGUUCACAGUGUUAGAAUUGAUGAACUCGUGAUCACGAAGCUGAUAUUUUGAACGCAUACGUUUUAGAGGACAUUUGUAUGAAGUGUAAUUAGGAAAGUGCAACCUGUUAUCAAGCAAUUGUACAUUAAUGAAUAGGUAAAGGUUUAUAAUCGAUAUUCCGUUCGAACGUGUUAGAUAUUGCACAGAACGCCAUGGGCACAUCGACGAGCGUUAGAAUAUAUACAUAUUAUAGCGUUCAACGACGCUUCGCUAUAUUUUCAUAUAAGGUAAUAUCAGGAAUUUUUGUUCGAAAGCGAAUAAUUCAACUCGCUAACGUUCACGAUUGUAAACGAAAUAUUAACGUAAUCGAUAAGCAUUUCGUGUACAUUUAGUUUAGUAUUGAUGUAAUAUCCGAUAACGAGUUUUCAGCUUUAGAAUUUUAUAAAUUACGUUUAUGUACGUAUUAUGUACAGUUCGUAGCGUUCUAAGAAGUGACGCGCUUAGAUAAGGAAAAAACCGAAAUAAUUGUACGCGUUAAAUAAUGAAACACACGGAAGCGAAGAGCUUCUUGCUUGAACUUUGCAGCUUUCGUAGUGCGUACUAUACCUUUGAAGGAGAACUGUCUUCAUAUCAACUGCUCACGCGAUUACGCUUACAUUUUCGAUAAUAUUUUGUUGUAGUCAUUUUUUUCUUUUCUUCUUUCAACGUGUUCAAGCGAAUGGGUUAAUGCUUCGAGUCAAUUGACACCGGCCGCGAUAUUUUUGCUCAUCCUUAUGAAUAAUUUGCGCGAAUACUACGAUACAGUAAUUUAUUUUUUAAAACGACAAAAUAAACAUAAUUUGAUUCUACGAUGUAAAUCAUUUUUGUGUAUAUUAAAUUACCGUUGUAACGUAAUGUAAUAUAUUUUUGUCUAUACAUUGCGAUUAUUUCUGUGUAAUUCGUGUAAUAUAUACGGAAAUAUAUUCACGAAUUUCGAAUUUUUAAAGCGAAUAAACAAAGCUGGUACAUAUAGGCGUAAGUUGUUACUUGUAGGAUAUAUAGUUUCAAUGUAUACAUAUACUGUAUUUUAAACGGAAUGUAAAAAUCGAUUAAAUGUAAAGUAGAAGAUACAAGGAACAAAAUUGAUGUAUUGCUGUUCAAACGUUUUUUUUUUUUUUUUUUCUUCAUUCGAGUAGCUUGUAUUAUUAUGAAACUCAGACUCGUUGAUAUCAUUGUCCGCGUACAGUUUCUUCGGUUCAAUCUUCUCGCAAUACUACUUCAUUUUAACCGUGAGUUGCGAUAAAUUAGUCGUUUUUCAAUAAACUCGCUCGACUAGAUCAAAUUUUCUUACGACGAAAUAAGUUUAUGUUCCGAUUAAAGUCAAGAUCACCUCUCAAUGUUUGUCUGUAUUCGAGGCUAUUUAAAUGAGGAAAUAGUGCGUCGAGUUGACCAAACAUUGUGGUGGGAGAUAGUUCUUUGGUGGCCUUAUAAAGCCACUUUAUUUUGCGCCAAUUUCGGUACACAUUAAUAUGCUUCUAUUGUUGUAACUGAAGCAAAGCGUUUCUCUCACAUUACGAAUAGUAAUUUCGAGCUUUUUAUUGUUCGUAACCACUGAUGUUGCAAUAAUGUAUAUGUACAAUAGAACGAUCAAAAGUUACUUUGAAUUUUAUAACGCCGAACAUAUGUAUACAUGUAUUCUAACCGCAUAGAAUUUGCAUCGUAAUAUACGUAUAGCUUUAUAUGCAAGUUCCGACAACCAAACAGUCGUGCAAUUGGAAAGUAUUUGGGAAAUUAAAGUGUAAAAGUUUUAUAACUGUUUCUCGGGACGAAUUAAUUAUAAAUUUUUAUUUAAAAAAAAUGCUGAGACUACUCUCGAUCUCACUAAGUUUUACUUUACAAAAAUGUCCAAGUCAUCGUGUAGAUCUUACUUUAAUUAUAGUAUACGAAGAAUGUUAACAGAUUCUGUGUCAUUGUCUAAUGCUCUCUACUCGGUCAAUAUUCAACUUUAAUAGUCGUUUAAUGGAUUGACUUUUAACCUUUGAUUUAUUCAAAACAUUCGAUAGAAUAGCAAUUCUUACCGGAACCUGUGUUACACGCAUGUACAUUUGCUCACGAUUACAAUUAUCUCCACGCGUGACUUUUUAUUCAGAAGACUUGGUAGAUCCAGCCAGUACGUAAGGAUAGCGAAUUUUACAUUGUAAUUUUAGUAUUAUUUACGAACACGGCGUAUUUGUAUAAAUACUUUUUAUUUAUUUCUUUACUCGAAUGACGAAACUUCGCUUCGUAUCGGACAUAUAAAGCAAUCGGAUCAACAGUUAAUCGUUCAGUGGAUCUCAAAUUUUUUCGCUAAUUAGUUAAUUUAUCGGAAUGUAGAAAUGUAUCUAUAUAUGUGCAAUGACACAUGUCCAAUUUAGAGGGAAAAAAAGUAUAUACAUAUACAUACAUAUAUAUACACAUAUAGCAACGUGCCUGAAAUAUGCGUUUACAUAUUUUCCUGUAGCAUUUACGGUAUAGGGCUUGAUUCAUUUGGACGUAAAUUUCUUUUUACUGAAUUAUCAACUGUUGUUCUAUUUUCUAUGUACAUUUGUUAUCGAUAUUUCAACAAACAAAUAAAAACUUUUAAGGCAUU